AUUUAUUAUUUCUCCAAACACGCGGUCGAGCCAGUCAGUCUCAUCAAUUCGCAUCCCGGCGGAUUCACGAUCAUCGACCUUCUGCCAUCUGCAAAGGCGCCCCUGUCCAUUUCGCCCUCUCCCCUUCUUGAUGCAGCGUCGGCGAUAGUUUCUCCACCGUUGCGAUACCUUGCGAUCCCUCGCGCCUCGUUUCCCAGCUCUCCCAACCCCUACAUAAGCCCGGACGAGCGUCUCCGGCUGGAAACCCGCGUAUCCCCUCGAGAUGGAAGGCGAGAACGCCAGCUUCGGCUCGCCAGCCCACGCUGCUGCUACUCCCGGCAGCAACCCCAUCCUAGCGCAGCCUCCCCUCCAGACCGACGCAUCGGGGGCGCCGCAACCAUCCGAAGAUGUCCAGAUGUCCGAGGUCACGUCUGCCGACCCCGUUAUCAAGCAAGAUAGCACUACUCCUGCACCUGCCGGUACUUUAGACAACCCACUUGAUGCUCCCCCCGCCCCAGCUGCUGAAACCACCCUAGGUAAGGACGACGAGGAGAUGGGCGAGGCCCAGGCCGAGACUCAGGACGGACGGCCGCAAGACAAGGAUGGCGACGAUGCAGCUGCCGGCGCUGACGGCCGAGCUCAGGAGGCGAAGUCUAAGGAGAGCAUCGAGAACGCGGCGCGAGAACACCUCGUCUCCCAAACCCACGCCAUCGUCCUGCCCAGCUAUAGCACCUGGUUCGACAUGAAUGACAUCCAUAACAUCGAGCGCAAAGCCUUGCCCGAAUUCUUUAACAGCCGCAACCGAAGCAAGACCCCCGCCGUUUACAAAGAUUACCGCGACUUCAUGAUCAACACUUAUCGAUUGAACCCCCCCGAAUACCUGACCGUGACGGCUUGCAGGCGAAAUUUGGCAGGCGAUGUUUGCGCCAUCAUGCGCGUCCAUGCGUUCCUCGAGCAGUGGGGACUUAUCAACUAUCAGGUCGACGCCGUCCAACGUCCCUCGCAAGUUGGCCCGCCGUUCACCGGUCACUUCCAAGUUAUCUGUGAUACCCCCCGUGGACUUCAACCCUGGCAGCCCUCGGCAGAUCCGAUCGUCCUCGAGGGCAAGAAGAAUCAGGAUACCGACCAGAAAGCCAACACCGCCGCAACUGCUGCUGGCGAGCGAAAUUUGGAAGUUGGUCGGAACAUCUACGAGGCCAACGCCAAGGGCACGAAGCUCAACAAGACCGAAAGCAAGACGAACGGAGAGACUGCAGCUACCAAUGGUACAAGCGCUUCGCCAGCGGUCGACGAGAGUCUGAAAGCCCCCGUUAUCAAGGUCCACUGCCAAAACUGUGGUGUAGACUGCACAAGAAUCUACUACCACCUGCCAGAGAUCAACUCGCCGAGCAAGGCGAAGUACGAUGUUUGCCCUAGCUGCUACCUAGAGGGUCGGAUACCUAACAACCAAACCAACACCCAGUUUAUUAAGAUGGAGAAUAAGACCUAUUCCACAAUUCUGGACCGUGACGCCCCGUGGACAGAUGCCGAGAUUCUUCGGCUCCUCGAGGCGUUGGAGAGGUACGACGAUGACUGGGCUGAGGUAGCUGAGCACGUAGGCACGCGAACUCGCGAAGAGUGUGCCAUACAGUUCCUCCAGCUAGAUAUCGAAGACAAGUACCUCGAGACAGAAGCACCUAUCCACGCGCCUACGGGUCUCGCGAUGCUUGGGAAGCACGGCGGGCACCUUCCCUUCAGCCAGGCCGAUAACCCUGUCAUGUCUGUCAUUGGCUUCCUUGCCAGUCUGGCUGACCCGAAAACGACGGCGGCGGCAGCCAAGAAGUCGGUGGAAGAGCUGCAGCGAGGCCUUCGAAGUAAGAUCGAAGGCGGCGAUGCAUCAAAAGUCAACGGAAAGGGUAAGGAAAAGGAGGGCGACUCGAUGGAAAUCGACGCACACCAAGAGCCCACGACUACUACUAGCACAAGCGCAGCCAACUUGGCUAGCAUCCCAUUAGCUACUAUGGGCGCACGUGCAGGCGGUCUGGCUUCCCACGAGGAGCGAGAGAUGACCCGGCUGCUCUCUGCGGCGGUGAACGUUACCCUGCAGAAGAUGGAGCUGAAGCUGAAAUACUUCGACGAGAUGGAAGGCAUCCUGCAGGCAGAACGGCGCGAGUUGGAGCGGGGUCGCCAGCAGCUCUUCCUAGACCGUCUUGCUUUCAAGAAGCGGGUCCGAGAGACGCAGGCCGGGUUGAGGUCGGCCGCUAUCAACGGCGGCGACAUCAAGCUCGACGGCAACGGCCUAACGUUCACAUCCGCGCCCGCCUUAAGUUCGGUACAACCUCUCGGGAGCGACGGCAACAUCAAGAGUUACGAGGCUUAAUACUAUUGGGGUGGCUCGUGUAAGGAGCAACUUAGUGUUCGUGUGCGUGCGCGUGUCAGGCGAAAUAGGAAAUUCUUUCGAACCGAUCGAUACAUCGGCUUUCACUCUAUCGUGGUUAACCCGGGCGUCAAGGGUAAAUGGGGCGGGAGGGAGGGGGUGGAGAUCCCCUCGGAAAGGGGUCCGUCCCGACUUUUUUCUGAAGGCAUUUGUUUUGCUGCCGUGAGAAUAUAAGUAUCGCUCGAAGGCAAGGACGGGCAUUGUGUACCACCACUACGAGCUUGCAGGCACAGAUAGGACUCAUCACAUUCAUGAGAAAUGGAAAUUAAAAAAACAACACAGAAUUAUAGCCCCAGUGCCCAAAUUAGUGCUGGUUUACCGUAG